GUCCGUCAGUUGGAUGUUCAGCUUUGGUGCUAGCCGUACGUAGAGUUCGAGCUCCCGGGGUAGCAGCACAAUAUAUUCAGAAAGCAGAGACAGUUGUGAAGUGAAGUGAAGUCAACGUAAUCAUACCGAGGUGUUCUACCUUCCUAAAACAGAACCUCAGCGAAGCAAUACAACCAAAAAAACACACGCAUAUACAUUUAUAUCAUUAAUUGAAGCGCAGCCACAAUGUUCCUGCCGCAGUCCCAAGCCGCAUUCAGGACCUUGCGCAAGGCAACGCCACGCGUGAGGCUCUUCUUCAUCAACAAGAAUGCCUACUCAACACAGGUGGAAUACAAACCCAUUCGAUCGGUGCUGGUUGCCAACCGUGGCGAGAUUGCCAUUCGUGUUUUCCGCGCUUGCACGGAGUUGGGCAUCAAGUCGGUGGCCGUUUACUCCGAGCAGGAUAAAAUGCACAUGCAUCGUCAGAAGGCCGAUGAGUCCUACAUGGUCGGCAAGGGUCUUCCUCCCGUGGAGGCUUACCUCAACAUUCCAGAGAUUAUUCGUGUGUGCAAGGAGAAUGAUAUUGAUGCUGUGCAUCCAGGUUACGGUUUCCUCUCCGAGCGCAGCGAUUUCGCUCAGGCUGUUAUCGAUGCCGGUCUUCGAUUCAUUGGCCCCUCUCCCAAAGUGGUGCAGAAUAUGGGCGACAAAGUCGCGGCCCGUAUCGCUGCCAUCGAAGCCGGUGUGCCCAUUGUUCCGGGCACAGACGGUCCCGUCACAACCAAGGAGGAAGCAUUAGCCUUCUGCCAAAAGCACGGUCUGCCAGUGAUCUUCAAAGCUGCCUACGGCGGAGGCGGCCGUGGCAUGCGUGUGGUGCGCAAAAUGGAGGAGGUGGAGGAGAGCUUCCAGCGUGCCAGCUCAGAGGCCAAGGCAGCCUUUGGCAAUGGCGCCAUGUUCAUUGAGAAGUUCAUCGAGCGUCCGCGUCACAUUGAAGUCCAACUGUUGGGCGAUAAGGCCGGUAAUGUGGUGCAUCUGUAUGAGCGCGAUUGCUCCGUGCAACGUCGUCACCAAAAGGUUGUCGAGAUUGCCCCUGCACCCCGUCUGCCCAUUGAGAUCAGAGACAAGAUGACGGAGGCAGCUGUCAGGCUGGCCAGGCACGUGGGCUACGAGAACGCUGGCACUGUGGAGUUCUUGUGCGAUGAGUCGGGCAACUUUUACUUCAUCGAAGUGAAUGCCCGUCUGCAGGUGGAGCACACUGUCACUGAGGAGAUCACGGGCAUCGAUCUGGUGCAGUCGCAAAUCCGCAUUGCCGAAGGCAUGACCCUCAAUGAACUGGGACUCACUCAGGAGAAGAUCUUACCUCGAGGCUAUGCCAUCCAGUGCCGUGUUACCACCGAGGAUCCCGCCAAUGACUUCCAGCCCAACACCGGUCGUCUCGAGGUCUUCCGUUCCGGCGAGGGCAUGGGUAUCCGUCUGGACAGCGCCUCCACAUAUGCGGGUGCCAUCAUUUCACCCUACUACGACUCCCUGUUGGUUAAGGUAAUUUCGCACGCCAGCGAUCUGCAGAGUUCCGCUUCCAAGAUGAAUCGUGCUCUGCGCGAGUUCCGUAUCCGUGGUGUCAAGACCAAUAUCCCCUUCCUGCUCAACGUGCUGGAGAACCAGAAGUUCCUGCACGGCGUGUUGGACACUUACUUCAUCGACGAGCAUCCGCAGCUCUUUAAAUUCUCAACCACUCAGAAUCGUGCCCAGAAACUAUUGAACUACCUCGGAGAAGUGCUGGUGAAUGGACCACAGACUCCUCUUGCGACCAGCCUGAAGCCUGCCGAGGUUACUCCCCAUGUUCCCACAGUGCCAUUGGACCUGUCUCCGGAAGCGUUAGAGCGUGAGAAAAGCGGAGAGGCGAAAGUGACAGCACCACCGCAAGGUCUGCGUGACAUCAUUGUGCAGCAAGGACCUGAAGCCUUCGCCAAGGAAGUGCGCUCCAGGAAGAACCUCAUGCUCAUGGACACCACAUUCCGCGAUGCCCAUCAAUCGCUGCUGGCGACACGUGUGCGCACCCACGAUCUCCUCAAGAUCUCUCCGUAUGUGGCGCACAAGUUCAACAAUCUGUACUCGCUGGAGAAUUGGGGCGGUGCCACAUUUGAUGUGGCGCUGCGUUUCCUGCACGAGUGUCCUUGGGAGCGUCUGGAGGAGAUGCGUAAGCGCAUUCCCAACAUUCCAUUCCAAAUGUUGCUGCGCGGUGCCAAUGCCGUUGGCUACACCAGCUACCCAGACAACGUUGUCUACAAAUUCUGCGAGCUGGCAGUGCAAACUGGCAUGGAUAUCUUCCGCGUCUUUGACUCCCUGAACUACUUGCCCAACCUGAUCAUCGGCAUGGAAGCUGCAGGCAAGGCGGGAGGUGUUGUCGAGGCUGCUAUCUCUUACACUGGCGAUGUGAGCGAUCCCAAGCGCACCAAGUAUGACCUGAAGUACUACACAAACUUGGCCGAUGAGCUCGUCAAAGCUGGCACUCAUGUGCUGUGCAUCAAGGAUAUGGCUGGUCUGCUGAAACCUGAAUCUGCUAGGCUGUUGAUCACCGCCAUUCGUGACAAGCAUCCCGACUUGCCCAUUCAUGUGCACACUCACGACACCUCAGGCGCUGGAGUUGCUUCCAUGCUGGCUUGUGCGCAGGCUGGCGCAGAUGUUGUCGACGUUGCCGUGGACUCCAUGUCCGGCAUGACUUCUCAGCCAAGCAUGGGUGCUGUGGUCGCCUCAUUGCAGGGCACACCCCUGGACACACAGCUGAGCUUGAAUGAUGUGUCCGAAUACUCGGCAUAUUGGGAACAGACCCGCACACUCUACGGACCCUUCGAGUGUACCACGACGAUGCGAUCGGGCAACGCUGAUGUGUACUUGAAUGAGAUUCCUGGUGGCCAGUACACCAAUCUGCAGUUCCAGGCAUUCUCGCUGGGUCUGGGCGACUUCUUCGAGGAUGUGAAGAAGGCUUAUCGUGAGGCCAACUUCCUGCUGGGCGAUAUUAUUAAGGUUACGCCAUCCUCGAAGGUUGUUGGCGAUUUGGCGCAGUUCAUGGUGCAGAAUCAUCUCACCAGCGAACAGGUGCUGGAGCGCGCUGAGGAGUUGUCAUUCCCCAAGUCGGUGCUUGAGUAUCUGCAAGGUUACAUUGGCAUUCCCUACGGCGGCUUCCCCGAACCAUUGCGUUCCCGUGUGCUCAAGGAUAUGCCACGCAUUGAGGGACGUCCGGGUGCAAAGAUGGAGCCAUUGGACUUUGAUAAGCUGAAGGCUGAACUCAAGGAAUCUCACAGCAACAUCACUGACCGCGAUGUCGUCUCGGCCGCUUUGUAUCCCCAAGUCACCAACGAGUACUUGCACUACCGCGAACAAUAUGGUCCUGUGGACAAGCUCGACACACGCAUCUUCCUUUCUGGACCCAAGGUGGGCGAAGAGUUCGAGGUCACAUUGGAGCGUGGCAAGACAUUGAGCAUGAAGGCUUUGGCCAUGGCUGCCGAUCUCAAAGCGAAUGGCAACCGCGAGGUAUUCUUCGAGUUGAACGGCCAGCUUCGCUCUGUUCACAUUCCCGACAAGGAAGCCAUGAAGGAAAUUCGUGUGCACCCCAAGGCUAACAAGACAUUGAAGAGCGAGGUGGGAGCCCCGAUGCCUGGAGAUGUCAUCGAUAUUCGUGUUAAUGUUGGCGACAAGGUCGAGAAGGGACAUCCGUUGGUUGUGCUCUCAGCGAUGAAGAUGGAAAUGGUUGUGCAGUCGCCAAUUUCGGGAGUUGUCAAGAAACUUGAGAUCACAAAGGGCAUGAAACUGGAGGGUGAUGAUCUGAUCAUGGUCAUCGAAUAAACACCGUUGCUGUUCCAUCCACGAAGAUAGUUAAUAUGUGUAUAUACCCAUACCUACAUAUACCAUAUACCAUAUACCAGAUACAUAUACAAUAUACAAUAUAUGUGUGUGUGUUGAGCGUGUUAUCGUCGUAUCAACAACAACAUUUCGAUCUAUUUACCUUAAGUCAAGCGAUAAGCGAUAAAUGAUAAAUCUUGUUUCUCUGAUAUAUGCAUGUCUUUAUGUGUAUAUAAUCAGGACAUAUGUAUGCAUGUAUGUAAACUAUGUACGUGUAGUUGUGGUACUUUUUGGAAAAGUUUACAAUAUUGCUAGGUAAUACUUACUGUACUUGUAACAAUUGCGCACAAACAAUUACUGUUUGCAUUCAAUUUUUUAAUUUGUAACAUUUUUAAUUUUAAAGUCAUUGCCAAAUUUUUGAUAAAUGUUUAAAUUUGAUUAGAUACAUACAUACGUAUGAUACAUAUUUUUAUAAACUGUGAAAUACAAGUUAACUGUUCUAAACUAAAUAAAUGUUAUACAAAAAACGAAAAAAAGAAAGCAGAUGUAAUGCAAUUAUAUUAUAUAUCCAACUCAGUAAAA